ACUGACAUGACCAGAUGUCCAUUUUCAUUAUCCGUCAGCUUUUCGCACAGACGCCACAAACCAUAAAUUUGAUUUUAUCUUCUCCACCCUCCUUCAAACCAGCAAGACUGAAGGAUCUCGCCCCGCAUCACAUUUGGCCUCCAGCUGACUGAGUCAAAUCAGCGGUGACAGCCAUGUCUGAGAGCCCGAGGAAGUCCAAGAUCACUGCAUCCCGAAGACUGGGACUAAAGAUCAAUCUGCUGAAAAAGGCAGCCUCGAUGCUGGAAGCUGAAAGGGAGGAGAAGAGGCUUGAGAGAGAGAACACUCUGAAGGAGCGAGUCCCUCCCUUGAAGCUCACAGGACUGUCCGCGCAGGAGCUUCAGAAUCUUUGCAAAGAACUGCACCGUAAAAUUGAUAUCAUUGAUGAAGAGCGGUACGACAUUGGGGCGAAAGUGGCAAAAAAUGAAGAGAAGAUCCAGGAUUUGUCCCAGAAGAUCUUCGAGAUAAAGGGCAAACUGAAGAGGCCCAACCUGAGGAGGGUGAGGAUCUCGACUGAGAACUUGCUGAGUGUCCUUCUGGGCUCCAAGCAGAAGGAAUCCAUUGACUUCAAGGCCAACCUCAAGACCGUCAAAAAGGAAGAGGAAAAGAGGGAGGAGGUGACAGACUGGCGUAAGAAUGUAGAGGCCAUGUCAGGAAUGGAGGGCAGGAAGAAGCUGUUCGACCCCGGACAAUGAACGGGACGGCAUAUCUCAGUCCACCUCCGGCUGAAAUUAAGAUGCCACGAAAGAAAGAAUUGAAAGAAUUCCCUUCAACAUGGUCUUUUGCAAGACAUUCGCGCCUGAGCUCCUAAUCUGCCCCAGUAAUUGAAAAAUUGUAAUUAACCAAGUAAUUGAAAAUUUAGCAAUUAACCAAGUAAUUUAAAUUUAGUAGUGUAAUUAAUUACAGUAAUUAUAGAUAAUUAUAGUAAUCAAGAAUAGUAGGUAGAAUGCUUCUGUUUUAGACCUCUAUAAGUUUUAUUAUGCUGUUAAAUAUACAGAGAUUUAGACUACUAGAUUUUAAAUAGAUAAAAUUUUGAACAGUAAGGAUAUUUCAGAAGAUGGGCUGAUACAGAUUUGAACAUUUUGUUUCAGGAAGGUUUACAAAAUGAAAAAGACAAGAUAUGGACACUAUUUGCAAUUCUCUGAGACAAGAUUAAUAAA